CAACCGGCACAGAGCCUGCAGUAUCGUCGCAUCUCAGCUCACCAUCUACGUCAUCGGCAGCACUCCCAGCCACAUCCUCGUCAAGUGAACCAGGCUGCUCUAAACGACGCUUCCAAUAUCGCUGGAAAAAGGCGUACAGCUGGAUAGAGUACGACCGCCCGUCCGACUCAGUAACGUGCAGCCUAUGCAAAAAGGCGCAUCGCUUGAAGCUUCUCGACUGUGGCCUGAAGACCGAUGGAGCGUUUAUUACUGUGGGUUUCCGGUCCUGGGCUAAGGCACUUGAAAGAUUUUCCAAGCACGAAGAGAGUGCUACACACAAAACUGCUGUCAGUCGCAUAAAGAGCUCAGCGGAACCGAGUGCGACUGCCAUGAUGUCUGUCACGGGAAAAGCCAAGGACGUGGCUGAGGCAAGAGAAGCGCUCGAUGGCAUAUUUAGUGCUAUCGCAUACCUGGCUGGACAAGGACUACCACUGCGGCGAAGGGAGGAGAAGACUAGCAACCUGCAAAGACUUCUGGACCAGUCUGAGCGCACCUGCCCAGCGCUGAAGACGUGGCGAAAGCGGAAGCAGACCUUCACGUCUCCAGAAAUACAAAACGAGAUACUGGAACUCAUGGCAUCGGCCAUCGUCCGUCAGAUCGCCAACAGUGUGCGUGAGGACGUCUUUGCUGUGAUGGCGGAUGAGACUCGCGACAGCGCAGGUACCGAGCAGGUAGCUAUCUGUCUGCGCUCGGUGAACAAGCAGCUGGAGGUCGAAGAGCAGCUCAUCGGUCUCUACAGCGUUGAGUCGACCACCGCACUCGUUCUGUCCACGGUCAUCAAGGACGCCUUGCUCCGUAUUGAGCUGGACCUCAAGCAACUGCGUGGACAGUGCUACGACGGCGCAGCCAAUAUGUCUGGGAAGUUCAAAGGCGUACAAGCCCUGAUCAAGCAAGAGGAGCCACGCGCUGUCUUCGUCCAUUGCACCGCCCACCGUCUAAACUUGGCUGUACAGGACUGCAUGGACGGCGUGCGUCCCCUGUGUGACACCAUCCAGGAGACUGGCCGGAUGAUCGGCUUCUUCCGGGACUCUCCUAAGCGCCUCUCCUGCUUGAUACACUUCGGAGCAGACAAGUCCCUCCGACCGCUGUGUCCAACGCGGUGGACAUGUAGUGAACCGGCACUGGCUUCCGUCAUCAACAACUACACAGCGGUGCUGAGCAGCCUGGAGGCCAUCGCCGAUGAUCCCAGCACAAGGCCGGACCAGGCGAGCACUGCCAGUGGCCACGCACGGCGCAUGCAGUCGUUUGACUUCUUCUUCGGCUUGUCCCUGGCGCUGCAUCUGCUGCGCAUGACGACGCCCGUCAUGAAGAGCGUCCAGGGCAGCCAGCAGACACUGGCUGCCAACCUCCAGCUGGUGGAUGUUCUACACAGUGCCGUGUCAGGUCAGCGGUCCCGGUUCGACUCCUUCUACGCGUCUACUGUGGGCAAAGCCGAGGAGCUGGGCGUGAGCCCUCCGUCGCUGAAGCGCGUGAUCCGGCCACCGCGCCGGCUCGAUGACGGAUCCGAGCCAUACCGCCCUCAAACACCCGAGGACCACUACCGCCCCUUGUACCUGCUUGCCGUGGAUCGUCUCUGCGCGGCCCUCGGAGAGCGGUACGGCUCUGGUGAAGGUAGAGGCGCCGCUGUCACCGAUGAGCGGCGGGUCUCUCAGGCUGAGUCGGCGCUGCUGACGGCCAACGCCGAUGAUCUGUCGGCAACCGCAGCCUUCUACCAACUGGAUGAGGGGCGGUUGGCGCUGCACUGUCAGAUGCUGCAGGAUGUUUGCCGAGACGAAGGCAUUCCCCUCGGCAGCUUGGCCGACGUUGUCAGCGCCCUUCGCCGGCCGCACCUGGCGCAGCUGCUGCCCGAGUGUGUCGGCCUCCUCCGGCUGGUGCUCACAGCGCCGGCCACAACCUGCACGGCCGAGCGUUCAUUCAGCCAGCUGCGCAGGCUCAAAAACUGGCUGCGCUCAAACAUGUCCCAGGCCCGGCUGAACCACGCAGCGGUAUGUGCAGUGUAUGCAGAGCAGCUGCAUGCCCUUGACCGUCAGGCGCUGAUGCGUGAGUUCGCAACUCGCACCCCUCAGCGGGUGAACGUAUUUGGCUGGGGCUGACGUGCAGGUGCAUCAUGGCCGGAGGCAGGAACCUCGAGCAGUGACUUCGGCCCAGCUAUCGUGGGUAUUGCUUUUUCGCUUUAUCGCCUUGUCUGAAAUGGCUAUGAAGCAUGAAUAUAGCGAAAGUGUUUAA